AACAAAUUACUUUAAAAUAUACAAUUUUCAGUUUGUGGCUUGUUUAUAAGUUUUUAACACACAUUUAAUAUUGAAAAACAUUAAAUAAAUAUUAUUACUAUCAAUUAUUUCACCAUGGGUGAAUAUAGACAAACAUUAUUGUUCACAUCGGUCUAUUUGUUAAUGUUCACUAGGAUUACCGCCAGAUGGAACGCAGAUUUUUUCAAUUUGGAGCGUUUUCGCGAAAAUGUUAUUAGUAGAGUUUUCGUUGACUUACUGAACGAUUUCAAAACGUUGGAAGACGACGAGAUGAAGAUUAACUUUGGCGAAAACGAUAUAGCCUUAUUGUCGAGCAAAAAUUGUUUAUCAACUGCCAAAAAGUCUGAAGCGUUGGAGAAAUAUCAUAAAAAAUUCGAAGCACUUCACUGCGCCAACAGUUUGAUCUUGGCAUGGAUUUUGGAUAACAUCAAAGCCCUCGGCGAAGGGGACAAAACCGAAUUCGGAAAUUACAAAACUUACGUUGCCCGUAUGCUGUCUGUGCUGUACUACGGUCGUGUUAUCCCGCCCGUAUGGAUCAUUUUGGCUUACUCGAAAUUAGUCAUUGCCACCGACCCGGGCAGCUACUGGAAGUUCAUCGAAGAAAACGCCUCCUGUCCCGACGGCGUUUACACAUACCGCGACAAUUGCAAGUAUAAAAAUAUAAUUUCCAAAAUAACCGUGGAAACCUUGAACGUCGAACAGUUCGCCAAAGAGCUGUACGGCAACCAGAAACUAAAUGAAGCCUACAAGUACGCGAGUCUGUUCACCGAGGAAAAUAUCACUUUGGCGCACUUGACCGGCCGCCAAGAUGUUCUGUUCGAACAAAACCCCGUGAUCGAGCAAUUCACCUGGGAAGGUACGCGAAUGAGAAUGCAUGAACUUAGCAUCACUCAAAUGAAUUUGUACAACACUCAUCGAUGGCCCUUCUUUAUGAACCAGUGCAUGGUGUACCCCUCGGUUUUCCAACGAAUUGUCUACGCGACUGUAUUGUACUACUCGUGGUUUCAUCUAGCAUCGUACGAGUACGGUAGGACUCACUUGCCUCCUUGGUACGACAAGACAAGGCCUGGGCUAAAACAACGUCUAAAUGAACUAUGGUCUCGCGUCAUCGCACCAUUGCACGAGGCCAUUGAAAUAUUAGAUAUCGACGAUAAUGUAUUCUUGCCAACACUGCAGAAAGCGAUUGAAACUUCGACUCAGACGAAAACUAUUUCAAAAAACAUGUUAAACCACCUCGUGGUUAACAUGUCUGUCGUUCUAUAUACAAGUUUAACAGAAAUAUACACACCCACAAUGAGUAUGUUUACCCAUUUUAGGGUAAAAAAAAAAUCGGCAAGCGUGAACAUCAAAGAAAUGGAAGAUAAUAUCGAGGCUAUGGGAAAAUACAUCAGAACUAUUAAGGAUUUAAUAAAACCAAUGGACAAUAUGUUUUUUAUCAAGUUCGUUUGGCUGGAAUUGUUAAAAGAUAAAUACCUCGCUUUUUUACCUUACUAUAGAGCUUAUCCUAUGAGUUCAUCGUAUACAUAACAUGUAAGCAACUUUUUGUCAUGACUAGAAAUUAUUUAUUUAGUAAAACUAGUAAUUUAAUAAUAGUCAUAAAUGCCUAUAAAUUUAUAGUGUUAACAUAUGUGUAAUCUACUACCUAUAUAUAAAUUAUGUAAUUGGUACAUUCGCAAUUUUGGUGUUUUUUCUCGGUAUCUUCUGAAUUACUCUUAUUAAUUUU